AUGUCAGACCCCGCACAGUCGCCCUUGUCCCUGCGGCCAUGGCCCACCGGGGACAAAAGGCCCAAGAGCCUCGCCGAGUUCAUCGCCCGCGUCAAGUCGGCCGGCCCCGAGGGCUUCCGCGGCAUCAGCGAGGAUGAGCUGCGCAAGGAGGUCGAACUCGAAACUGCCGGCAUCGCCUCGACCGAAACGGCCGCCGCCGAUGGCGACGUUGAAAUGGAGAGCGGCCCUGCGGAUGGCGAUGAGUCGACGACAGCAGUGACGGCAGACACCAUCAGGACGGCGAGGGACGAGGCCCUGAGGAACAUUGACAUGGCUCACCAGAACGCCAUGCUCACCCUCGACUUCGUCUCGCUCUUGCUCACCAAGGAAGACCCCACCAACGCCGGGAGGACCCUCUCCCCAACCCUGAGGGAGCUCGUCGGCAUUGGCACCCUCGGUGCCGACCAGCUGGCCGCCCCGCAGACCAAUGUGUCGCGGGUCCAAGACAACAAGAUGGUGGCCACGGGCUGGAAGUUUCUCGACAUCAACAGAAGCAUGGACUCGGUCCUGUCCGCCGCCGCUCGUCUGCAAAAGGAGAUCUCGCUCGAGACCCGGUACUGGGCUGAUGUGCUGGCUGUCAGCGAAAAGGGGUGGUCUGUCUCACGUCUUCCCUAUGAGAGGCAGACGCUAGGUGUCAAGUUUGGUUUCUCGGAAUCUGCGCCCGAAUUCCGAAACACCAGCCUGGCCCCCAUGAGGCGCAGCGACGACGGCGCUGUCAGCCUCGAUGCCGCGAGGGUCGCGAACCCGCAAAGAGUUCGCGUGUCUAUCGAGAGGGAUGGCGUGGUUGUGGGCAGGGCCAUGCUGCCCCAGACCCCAGCCCCGGAUGCGCCUCUGGAGAGCCGAGUCAUGGAAGCACGCAACACCAUCUUCCACCAGGAACUGUGGUACGAGAUCAAUCGCGAGGGUCGUACUCUGCUCUCGUUUGGUGUUCGGCUGGCCGACGGGGCCGUCAGCUACGAGUUGGAUAAACACACGAAAGCUGUUAUCCGCUUGUGCGACCUGACGGACGACGCGCCGGCUGAGCUUGGCUGGGGGGCUGGCCCAGAUGACAUGCUCGCUGAAGCCAUCAGCAGCGCCCUGCCCUUGCUCCUGUCGUACGCUCACAGGCUGAAUCUGCGCGUCCGAUCGCAGCCGGGCCCGCCCCAGGUCAGGCAGAGUCGGGCCGGGCAGCCGUACGCCCUCCUCAGGCCUGUGAUCGCCUACUUGGAGCACGAGCGCUCUCUUGAAAGGGCAACACGAUUCGUGUCGGACCUGACAUGGGUCCUGCAGUCGGCAGGCUACCUGUCGGCCUCGUUCACCCUUAUCGAACCGCCCGUAUCAACGGCGUCGCCGGGGUCAUCUCGUCAUGCAUCCUCAUCCGAGGCCCUCCUCCACACAUUCCUCAGCCCGCACGAGUUCCAGCUGCAGCUAAGUAUUACUCCGGCCGUGCGCCUCUCGGUUAUCGGGACCACGCUCUCGGUUAUCGGGACCACGCAGCUUUCCGCCCGCCUCUGCACCAUGUACUCGACGAGACUCCUGCCGCCUCUUGGGGAGGUGCCUCCAGGGCCGGGCGAGCCACUGCCCCAGCAGAAUACGCUCCGCUUCAUAUACCCGCCGUCAGAAAUAUACCCUAACCUCCGAGAGGUUACCCACUACAUUAGAGGUGCAGUGGCGCGGUUCCUGGCCGAUCAGGCCGAGCAGCUUGCCUUCUCAGUCGCGGGGCCGAUCGAGGGCGACGCGGAGCAGCGGCUUGACUUUGUCAAGUCCAUCGAUGGGACAGCCGUAUCAGCAGUCGAGCCCGACAAGAGGUCUGUCAGGUUUGAGGUCAACCUAGUUGGUAGCAAUGGGGAGGCGGUGGGUGUGGAUGAGUAUGGUUCUCCGCAGCUGAGGGUCUACGGCGUGUGGCCGCCGUUGAGAGAUGGCGAGGAGCUGACGCCUCAGACAUGGAUAUGGACCGUCGAGGAGGCCAAGGGCGGAAUCGGGAAAGAGACGGUCGAGGGAGUGUGCAUCAGCAUCUUCAGGGGCUUGGAUUACUAG